UAGGGCCUGAGGGAGACUUCCGGUCACUUAAGAGUCCUCUCGAGGCUGCGCGUUCUGUUCAGGUGUCCGCGUGUGCCCCGCCAGCGCAAAGACCCGGGCCGGCAGCUGGUGAACUACAUGUCGCCCCCUCGGGACCUGGAAGACGAACAGGGCGGCGGCGAUCCACCCGGGGACCUCCGCAGCGUCCUGGUCACCAGCGUGCUCAACCUCGAGCCGCUGGAUGAGGAUCUCUACAGAGGAAGGCAUUACUGGGUACCCUCAACCCAGCGUCUGUUUGGGGGUCAGAUCGUGGGCCAGGCCCUGGUGGCUGCAGCCAAGUCUGUGAGUGAAGAUGUCCAUGUGCAUUCCCUGCAUUGCUACUUUGUACGGAAAGGGGACCCGAAGGUGCCGGUGCUCUACCAGGUGGAGCGGACGCGGACAGGGGCGAGCUUCUCUGUGCGCUUCGUGAAGGCUGUGCAACAUGGCAAGCCCAUCUUCAUCUGCCAGGCUUCCUUCCAGAAGGCCCAGCCCAGCCCCAUGCAGCACCAGUUCUCCAUGCCCGCUGUGCCCCCGCCGGAGGAGCUGCUCAGCCACGAGGCCCUCAUUGACCAGUAUUUGAGGGACCCGAAGCUCCAGGAGAAGUACAGAGUGGGGCUGAACCAAAUUGCUGCCCAGGAGGUGCCCAUUGAGAUCAAGGUGGUAAACCCACCCACUCCAGGCCAGCUGAAGAAAAUGGAACCCAGACAGAUGUUCUGGGUGCGAGCCCAGGGCUAUAUUGGCGAAGGCGACAUGAAGAUGCACUGCUGCGUGGCGGCCUAUAUCUCGGACUAUGCCUUCCUGGGCACAGCAAUGCUGCCCCACCACUGGCAGUACAACGUCGACUUCAUGGUCUCCCUGGACCACUCCAUGUGGUUCCACGCCCCUUUCCGAGCUGACCACUGGAUGCUCUAUGAGUGUGAGAGCCCCUGGGCCGGUGGCUCCCGGGGCCUGGUUCACGGGCGGCUGUGGCGUCAGGAUGGGGUCCUGGCUGUGUCCUGUGCCCAGGAGGGCGUGAUCCGAGUUAAGCCCCAGGACCCAAAGAGCAAUCUGUAGCCAGAGGUGCCAGCUGGGCCUGGGGCUUCAAGGAUCUCUGUUCUCCCCCUACUCCUGAGACAGGAUUACCAUCCAGGGCUGGGCCUUCUGUCCGGGACAUCCAAAUAAAGAGACUCGAACCACUGGA